AUGGUCGUUGGAUUAGUACUACGAUUAACCGCUGUAGACUCCGUCUUGGGCGCUGUUAGUUUCGACUACCAGUUCUUUUUUAACCUUCUCCUACCACCCAUUAUUCUUUCCUCCGGUUAUGAGUUGCAUCAGGGCAACUUCUUUCGCAAUAUUGGCACCAUUCUUACCUUUGCCUUUGCCGGAACCUUCAUAUCCGCCGUUGUACUUGGACUUAUACUCUUCGUGUGGACCCGCAUCUUUGGGAACAUCGAUGGCUUCAAGAUUUCCUUCGUUGAAGCCAUGUCGGUCGGCGCAACUCUCUCCGCCACGGAUCCAGUCACCAUCCUGGCUAUAUUCAACACGUACAAAGUUGAACCGAAGCUAUACACGAUUAUAUUUGGGGAAUCCAUCCUCAAUGACGCUAUUGCCAUUGUGCUAUUCGAGACGGCGCAAAAGUACAAGGCCGGUGGCUCUGCAGAUUCCUUGAGCAUACUAAGUCUUUUCGAGGCCAUCGGUAUCUUCUUCGGGGUCUUCUUUGGCAGCUUAUUUAUCGGCUUGCUUGUUGGCAUCGGUGCUUCACUGUUGCUAAAAUUCACCCAUGUGAGACGAUUCCCCAAGACCGAAAGCUGUCUCAUUAUUUUGAUUGCCUACGCCACUUACUUUUUCUCGAACGCCAUUCACAUGUCUGGCAUCGUGUCUUUACUCUUCUGCGGCAUUUGCAUGAAGCAUUACGCAUACCAUAACAUGUCGAGGCGGACGCAAUUGACUACCAAAUUCGUGUUCCAGGUCACCGCCCAGCUCUCCGAGAACUUCAUCUUCAUCUACCUCGGACUCUCUCUUUUUACUGACUCUGAACUGGAAUACAAGCCGCUGUUCAUCCUCGUCACCAUCGUCGGCAUAUGCGCAGCACGAUGGUGUGCCGUAUUCCCACUUUCAAAGCUCAUCAACGCUGUCAUUCGCGUUCGCGCACGAAGGCAGGGGCGAGAAGCCGCCGAAGAAAUCCCUUAUUCCUAUCAAGCUAUGAUAUUCUGGGCCGGUCUUCGUGGAGCAGUCGGUGUCGCUCUUGCGGCUGGUCUAAGUGGACUCAAUGGCAACGUCCUACGUGCCACAGUACUCGUUGUAGUUGUGCUGACCGUCAUUAUCUUUGGCGGCACGACUGCGCGUAUGUUGGAGAUUAUGGGCAUCCGCACGGGCGUUGUCGAGGAGAUCGAUUCAGAUGACGAGUUUGACAUUGAAGUCGUAGAUGGAGGCACCUUUGCUCGCAAAUCUGGCCAAGGGUUCGGCCACACCCCACGCCCGAGCGGCAAUGGGUUUGCUCUAGCUUCGGUGGAUACCCGCAACGGAGUCUACAGUAGUGGAAACGUCAAUGGCGCUACUUCGCCAACCCGACCAAACGGGCUCACCACGGCUCGACGGAAUUCGAGUCGUGCUCGACGAGAUGGCGCAGAGCAAGGCCUUCUCAGUCCGGCUGAUAGCGGCAGUAACGACGAGGAUGAUAAUGAUCUUGACCUGCCUCCAUCAGUUCGGCGAUCUCCUAACAGGAUGCCAUCUCCGCUUGCCGGCCAAGGACCAUCUCCGUAUCCCACGUCUGGAACAAAUUCUGGGCCUAUCGCGUCGGGGAGUAGUAGUGAGCCAUCCCGAGUUGCGAGCGCUACAGGUGCUGUCAAGCAGCUUUUCUCGGAUCUAUCAGAAGACCCAGCAGGCGCGUUCAGACAGAUCGACGAAGGAUUCCUAAAACCUCAUCUUUUGUUGGAUCAAGGGAAGGGACCCGGGCCUAACAACGUAUGA